GGGGGGUGGGGGGCGGUUAAUAUUGCAGUUUGUAAAUGAAGGGCGAGCGCGGUGGGAGGGCGGCGCCUGGCCCCUGCUGGCCGUGGCUGGAAACCCCGUGGCGGGGCGCGAGAGGCCCUCUUUCGCUGAUCCGCCGUCGAGGCCGCGGGCUGAAUCGACGCUCAUCAUGCAGAUCUUUGUGAAAACCCUCACGGGGAAGACGAUAACCCUCGAGGUUGAACCCUCGGAUACCAUUGAAAAUGUUAAGGCUAAGAUUCAGGACAAGGAAGGUAUUCCCCCUGAUCAGCAGCGACUGAUCUUUGCAGGAAAACAAUUGGAAGAUGGCCGUACACUUUCUGAUUAUAACAUCCAGAAGGAAUCGACUCUACACCUUGUAUUGAGACUUCGUGGUGGUGCCAAGAAGAGGAAGAAGAAGUCCUACACUACCCCAAAGAAGAACCAACAUAAGAGGAAGAAGGUUAAACUGGCUGUCCUUAAAUAUUACAAGGUGGACGAGUAUGGGAAAAUCUAUCGUCUACGCCGUGAAUGUCCCUCAGAGGAGUGUGGUGCUGGUGUGUUCAUGGCUAGUCACUUCAACAGGCAGUAUUGUGGAAAGUGUUGUCUGACAUACUGCUUCAACAAGGCUGAAGAUGCAUAAUUAUAUACAUUUUAAUAAACUAUGAUGGAAAACAAA